GUGUGGAGUCCUGACAUUGAGCAGAGUUUCCAGGAAGCGUUGGCUAUAUAUCCACCCUGUGGGCGACGGAAGAUUAUCCUGUCUGAUGAGGGCAAGAUGUAUGGCCGCAAUGAGUUGAUAGCAAGAUACAUCAAACUACGGACUGGCAAAACACGAACAAGGAAGCAGGUGUCUAGUCACAUACAGGUGUUAGCCAGGAAGAAAGUGCGAGAAUACCAAGCAAGCAUCAAGGCAAUGAAUGUGGAUCAAGCCUCAAAAGACAAAGCCCUGCAGAAUAUGGCCGCCAUGUCUUCAGCACAGAUCGUUUCAGCGACUGCAAUGCAGAACAAAUUGGGGAUAACGCCCAUCCCCCAAGCUCCCUACCCAGCAGCAGCCAGGUUUUGGUCUGGUUCCCUUUCUGGACAACCUGGGUCCUCUCAAGACAACAUCCCAGAGCUGGCAGGCUGUGUAUGGCGGUCCCAAGACAAAUGGAGCAGCACACCCACUGAGAGUCCCAGUGUGAAGCCAUUCGCCCAACCAUCAUACCCCAUUCAGCCAGCAGUACCACCGUCUAUCGCAAGUUAUGAACCACUGGGGCCUCUCUCACCUCCUGCUACUAUCCCAGUGUGGCAGGACCGAACUAUCGCCUCGACUAAACUCAGAUUGCUGGAGUACUCUGCUUUUGUGGAGGUGCAGAGAGACCCAGACACGUAUAACAAACACCUCUUCGUACACAUUGGUCAGACAAACCCAUCCUACAGCGACCCGUUACUGGAGGCCGUGGAUAUCCGUCAGAUCUACGACAAAUUUCCAGAGAAAAAGGGCGGGUUGAAGGAGUUGUUUGAGAAAGGACCACAGAAUGCCUUCUUCUUAGUAAAGUUCUGGGCGGACCUGAACAGCAACAUCCAGGAUGGGCCUGGAGCUUUCUAUGGAGUCAGUAGCCAGUACACGAACUCUGAGAACAUGACCAUCACCUGCUCCACUAAAGUCUGCUCUUUCGGAAAACAAGUCGUGGAGAAGGUGGAGACAGAAUAUGCCAGGCUGGAGAAUGGAAGGUUUCUGUAUCGGAUCCACCGCUCCCCAAUGUGUGAAUACAUGAUCAAUUUCAUCCACAAACUCAAGCAUUUACCAGAGAAGUACAUGAUGAACAGUGUGCUAGAGAACUUCACUAUCCUGCAGGUUGUGACCAACCGGGACACCCAGGAGACCCUGCUGUGUAUAGCGUUUGUAUUUGAAGUGUCGACAAGCGAACACGGUGCACAACAUCACGUUUACCGGCUGGUGAAGGACUAGGAGCUCACCCCCCCACCCCAAAACCUCCCCUACACAGAGGGUGCUACCGCCUGCCAUUUAUCUACACACCUUGGUGCCUGCUCAUUUUUACCAAACACAAAAAAAAUCUAUUUUUCACAGAAAUACAGAUAUUUUUACAUUCGAACAAAUGUAAAAAAAAGCGCAAAAAAAAAUGAACUGUUGUGAAGUCAAAAGAACAAUAUUCUGCACUACUUCUGUGAGGGUCAUGUAUGUGUGUGUGUGUUUUAAUUUCCUCUCUCCAGAACUUGAGCUCAGUGAGAGGUAAUGGUACGGUUUUUCUUCCUUUUUUUAUAAAAAGAAUAAUAUUUACAUUUCAGGGAUAGUAAGCAUUGGAUAAGGAUCACUUUCAGAAAGUAAGUGUUAAUGGGGGCUUGUAUGUAGGAACGUUGCCUUCUUACCAUCGUUGUUGGAGGGAGGGGGAACAGAGAGUAAAAUGCCUCCAUUUUGUUUGCUUGCAGUCACAAAAUGGCAGCCGUGCUUUUGUAGUCAUUGCCAUCUAUCAAGAUGCUUGAUGGGAGUUUGGUAUCAUCACCCCUUCAAUUUCUCAAAACAAUUCUGUGUGGGUGACAGGAGAGGCAGUUGACUUGGGUCGAAGUUCCAGGAUAUAAGGAGUUAAUUAGAAGGCUCCCUUCCCAGUUUGCAUUUCUCCUUUCUGACAGACGUGGUUACAUCAUAAAAGGUAGACACAACGGAUUUGAAAGAGGUGCUCAUUAAAGCGGAGGCUGGUAUUAUAAAGGACAGGUUUCACAUGAAACUAUUGACUUGCUUGUCCACCCAGUAUUUGUAAGCUUAAAAUGCAAAAGCGGGACAACUUUUCCCCACCUGAUACUCCCCUCUGAGGGCAGUCAUUCAGUUCCAUAGACAUCAGCUGCCCCCCUUGCAUUGUCCAUUUUUGCUCUUACAGUGUGAACAAUGGCACAUUUUCAACCAUACUGGAACAGGAGAUCCAGUUGAGAGAUUAUAAUCAACUCUGCAAAGCAAUUUGACUCAAUGUGGUAGCUGGAACUAACUUUGGGUAUAUCAAAGCAAACUGAUGAAGCCCAGGAAAGAUGUAUUUAUAUAUAAAUUACCUGUCUCAGUUUUGGCCAAUAUUUUCAAAGCAAACAUGUGCCUCAGAGAUAAGGCACUUCCCGCUGAGUGAGUUUGUGUGUAGUAGCUAAAGAGAGGCUACUGUUCUGAACUAAUGUGACUGGUCCAGCCCUUACCCUAGGUCAUGAAAUAAUACCAAGGGCAUGAGAGCUUUGCCUGUUAGAUUACACACAGUCAGAACGCUCUCUUCUGGAUUACUUACUGUGAUGAUUCAGCCACUGAAAGAUAGGAAGGGCCUGCAUUUAUAUGUUGUUUUUCAUAGCUUUAGAAUCCCAGUGCAAUUUCCAGCCAAUAAAAUAUUUUUGAAGUGCAGUCCCUGUUGUAAUACAGGGAAUGUGGCAGCCAAUCUACACACAGCAAAUUUGAUAAACAGCAAUGUGAUAAUGAGCAGAUCACCUAUUGAGUUGGCAGAUCAUUAUGAUUGGGGCUCUAUUGGCAGUGGGUAAGGUGGAUUGGUGUUUGAGCUGAGCAUUGGAUAGGUACUUAUUGAAAAAGACUGAAGAAGUGCCUCCUGAAUGCCAUUAAAUGUCUAUACUAACCCCUAGGGAUUCCAGUUGUCUGUAGAGGUUGUUGGAGUGUGACGAGGAUCUGUUCUGCCCACUGAGUUCACCUUACGUUGUUGCAAGGGAACAACAGGUUCGAACAUUCAUGUAUUUGAAAAGAAGCUAUGAGGGGCUUGUAAUGUACCAGCCAUUAAGGCUGGAGGCCGCACUGGAAUGUGGCAGAGGAGUAGGUGAUGGAGAUGGAGAUGAGUGAAGGGAAACUGAGGAAUUUCAGGAGCUAUCUAACUUGUCUCCCUUCUUCGUCUCCAAAUAACCUCAGUUUCUAAUGGGGAGAUGGGUUGAGUCUGAGGAGGAGUUUACAGUCCUGACUUGACAGCUUAGUUUUAAUGAAUGGGAUAGCGUGUAGGGAUUGUUGAUUUGGUGAAAGAGGCUUGAAUGUCACAGUCAACACCGCUUUGUCUGGUAUGUUUUGACUGAGGAGAAAGUGGCUUUCCCACUCUAGUUUCUUGCCACAUUUUCAAAUCCCGUCGGAGAAAGCACCUGGGGGAUUAACAGUCAAAUAGUUUGCUGGUAUCUGAAUUAAAAGGAUUGGAGUUCCAGGGGUUACAUGGCUGAUUCCUUCGACCAUCACCUCAUGGGUGACCUCUGAAAGGAUCUGCUGUCGGUUUUCACCAGCUGGGCCCAGUCCUGCCUUCAACUUCCAGCAAAUGUUUGUGGAUAUUUGAUGUAACUCUUCCUUUUGUUUUUGCCCCUUCACUAACCCUGACUGCUGCCGUUUGCUGAGGUCUGCUAACUCACCAAAGUCUAGUUCAUAGCCAUGGAACCUCGGCACGAUUGAGGGACAGAGUGCACCCUUUUAAGAUAGGGUGGUCGCCCGAAACGUUUUGAGAUUUCUUGAUGGCAUCGUGUGAGGGGUUGGCUACCAGGGAGCUCUGCAUGGCCUGUGGACCUUUGUGAUCGGGAAUGGGUUGUGGUACGAGAUUGGAGUAUUGUAUUUCUGCAUGUUCUUCAGAGUUCUUUAGUGUAGGGGAUUCGGUUUUAAAAUGCAUGCUGUUGACCACAUCCAGUCCCGUCUUGUUGAACCCAGAACAACAGAGACUGCCAGCCGCCCACUUUUGACUCUUACCCUCUUUCCUUUCACAACUAAUGCAGCGGCCAUGACUGUUACAGAAUGAAAGAAGUGGGCUUUCAUCAAGGGAACUGUGCAGUCAGAAAUGCUGUUGAAGACAGAGGUCAUGGGUCAUCUCCCUAGUUACUCCCAAUUGGUGAUGAUGACUUCUCAGUCCCCAGUCUUCACAGAAAUGGAAGCUAGGGCCAUCCUUGAAACUACCUUGAUGAUAUUCUUUUUCUUUUGGGAUGAUUUUAGCAGCGGUCAUUUUCAAUUGGCAUUCCUUUAUACUCCUGCCCCAACUUUCCCCACCAUGAGUUCAGCCAAUUACGAUGGCCUGGCCUUUUCAUAUAGAAGGUACUUGACACUGAGUUUCAGGAAACACUUUAGGAGCUGGCAUGAAGAUUUUAAAGGAAUACAGAGUAAUUCCCUAUUUGCUGUCCUCUCUCUCCUGUAGUAAUAUCAAUAACAGAUGUUGCCGCCAUGAGGGAUAUUUGCAAUUGCCGCCAUUUUUGGGUGAGUCACUGUGCUAGUAUCAGUCAGUGGCUUCCUCAAAGAUCCCAUGCCGUUCAGUUGGUGGUUGCAUUACAGACUAAUAGGUCCAAGUUUCAGUCACUGCUUUGUGCUGUUGUGCCAACCAGCCUCAGUAAUAGGGAUAAUGAGCUUACCCUCUGGUGCCAUGGUUAGGGGAGCUUCCCACUGCUGCUCUAUGUAUCCCAUUACAAUGCAGGCAAGGUGAGAAUAGAACCGGGGUUAGUUUACCGUCCUUCAAUGGUUCGGGUCACAUGUAGGGAAAACGGGCACAGGCUCUUCCAGGAAGAAAUCAGUCCCUUCAGAAAAUUGGAGACAAGGGGAAAUAAAGUUGACACUAUUUUUAAGUCACUUUAACCAUCCCGGGCGCUAAUCAGAACAAUUCCAUUAAACAGUAAUUCCCCCCAUCCCCGGGUUCUGACCACACCAGCCUCCAGCCAUAUUUCCCAGACUGGGCGAACCCCCCCACCAACCCUGCCCCAGAACACAAGGAGCACCAGCAAUGUCGGUGAAUGACUACCUCUGCAAACACGAGCAUGAACAAAACAUCCCAGUCAGCAGAAGGGACAAAAGCAGUUGAGAGUCUGUGUACUGGCAGAGAAUUGGCUUGCUUUGUAAUUUAAUUUCUUUUACACCGGAAUUAACAUUUUCUUAUUUUUAAGGAUGUAACAAAUAGUGGGAGUGGAGGAAUUUUAGAAAAGUAGUGGGUUCUUUUCUAUAUAUAUAUUCUAUAUGUAUAUUAUAUAUAUGACAUAUAAAAGGCACUCAGAGACGGUACUCAGGGCAUUGUUGCAUUUGAGUAUCGAAACCUAAUUUGUUAGUGAUGUCACCUAGCACUUAACUCUGCUGUAAAUAUCAUGUACACAAUAUUUCUUAUUGUGGUUGUCCUGCCACAUUCACAUUUACUCCAGUUAUUAAAGCCUUUUUGUUAGCCUAGACAGUCAGUAUGCUGUUCCUUCCUGUAAUAUAAUCCAGUUUUUGCAUUUUUGUAAGGAAAUAGGUACAUUUAUAUCUCAAAGUACUUCAGAUCCAUGUCUUGGGAAGAUGGGCUCAAGCCCAACAGGCAAAGCCUGGGUGAAAGUCUUCCUGAAUUGGCAGCUGUAAAGAACCUAGAGUCGGUUUGGCUUUUUUUUUGGGACUUCUGUGGUUUCUGCUGAGCACAAAGCGUCUGCUUGUUUGCCUGGCCGUAUUACUGAGGACAGUCAGAGGAUUUUCAGACAAUGGGAAGCUCCAUCACAGAGAGGGUGGGGAGCAUGAUCAAUGCCUAACCCUUUGGAGAACACUUUCAGCCUCUUUGAUUCAGGAGCUGUAGGCCCCGUUGAUAUUGCACCCAGAGUCUGAUUGAGUACAUGAUUCAGUAGCGACACAGUAAAAUCUAUUUAAGAGCUCGAGUUCGUCGAAUCCCCUGUGCUGCCCAUUCCUCUGGAAAUUUGAUGUUUCUGUUUAAUGUCCGCUGUGCUACUCCAUUUCAUGAAACAGGAACGGCUCCCUCCUCAAAAUAAGAAGCUAAUAGGUGAACAUCAACGUGUUGCUCAAUCCCUACCCCCUUUGAAAACAACCCUAUAAAAUUUUUAAUCUGAAAAGGACAAAUGGUGGCAAGAACUCAUCUGGCCACUGUAUGGAGUGACAUUGAGAGAUUGCCGAUUUCAGCAGAAAUGCAAAGGCGUUUGAGAUGUCAUUGCACAUAUUGGCCUGAGGCAUUUCUACCAUGAAGUCUCUCUCUGGUUCCAGGUGAUUGGAAGUCAUUCAUCCCUUGGUUUUCUGCAAGUGUCGUACUUUAAUAUUUUAAAUCAGGACACCAGGAUAUGUCAAUAGGAUUUUUUUUUUGUAGAUAUAUAUUUUGAAGAAUCUUUGUAAUACUAUCUGUGAAGGCUGACAAAAAGGACACUCUGUUUUGAAAAAAAUAUGUCCUUCUUGAUCAUUGUAUUGUAUAGGAACAUUACCUCCUUGGCCAAUAGCAAUGGACUGUUUGUUUUAAUUAUUAUUUCCUCUCAUGAUGCUAGGGUGCACAGGCGAAAUGUGACUACCUUUAACUCCCGAUAUCGUGCUCACAUUCUAGCACAGGCCUUGAGUUCACACAGGCAUGAGCCCUUACCAAGCCUGGACAAGCAGAAUGGGGUCACUGUGUCGUGGGGACAAGUAGUUUGUCAUUGUAAGCUUUCUCAGUGGGUCGCGCUUGUCUGUGAACUGCUUUCUCCAAAAACUAUUCGCUUCAAAAUUUGUGGAACCAAUUUUGUAAAUUAGCCAGCCCUCUUCACUGCAUAAUAACAGCACACAAAAUUGCAGCAAUUUUUAUUUGUGCACUUGUUGAAUUUGCAUGUAUUAAGUUUACUAAUUUCUCCUGAGAAAAAUCAUAAUGUUUGUAUGUUUUGCAACACUGUCAAGAAAACGCACACUUCCGAUCUAACCUCGUCACUUACAAAGUCUUGCUAUUCCCCUUUAUUCCUCUCUUCUUUCCAAGCUGUGAAUAUGAUGGAGGACAUUAUCUUUGUUCUUCUCUUCAUUCUGAUUGGGUUGGGACCUGGACUCAUUAAACAACAUCCGAAUGGAGUGUCCCAACAUAACAGCCACUGAACCACUUGCAAUCCUGAGCAUUCUCACUUGAAACCCAAAGCGCCUCUCUGCUACUUGCAGCUAGAGAUUUUAUUGGCUUGAAAUUUGUGAGCAGAGUUUGGGAACGUGUUGCCUUUGGACAAGUGUGAGUUAAACUGUGCCAAGUAAUGUCAGGAUCAGCUGCUUGAUCUAUGAAUGGGAGCAUAGCUGUAACCUUGAAGUGUAGUUCCUAGUAAACACCCACCUGGCCCAUGAAGGACAAAAAAACUUAGAUUACUCCUAUCAGCGCCUUCUCUUUCCUAAAACCUUAAAGGAUAGAAUUCUGAAAUAACAAGGUGUGGA